GGAAAAAAAAAGAAAAGAAAGAGUAUGGCAGCUGCUUAACUAGUAGUAGAUAGGGAAAAGCAGCACUUAGGUUUAUCUAUAAAAAUAGACUUAAAUCACUCCAUCACUGCCCCCCCAACAUUGCUAUUGAAGCUUACAGUAUCAUACCAAAAAACAUGGCUUCUGAGAAGGUUGAAACAGUAGUAGCUGGAAACUAUGUAGAAAUGGAAAGAGAAGAAGGGGAUUCCAAGUCUGCAAAGAACAAACUAUCAAAUCUCUUUUGGCAUGGUGGUUCAGUCUAUGAUGCAUGGUUCAGCUGUGCUUCUAACCAGGUUGCUCAAGUGCUACUUACACUGCCAUAUUCAUUCUCACAACUGGGAAUGUUAUCUGGGAUUUUGUUCCAACUUUUUUAUGGCUUAAUGGGAAGCUGGACAGCAUACCUUAUAAGUUUACUUUAUGUGGAGUAUAGAACAAGGAAAGAAAGAGAAAAGGUUGAUUUCAGGAAUCAUGUAAUUCAGUGGUUUGAAGUGCUGGAUGGAUUGUUGGGGAAACAUUGGAGAAACAUAGGUCUAUUUUUCAACUGCACUUUUCUGCUGUUUGGAUCAGUGAUUCAGUUAAUUGCCUGUGCUAGCAACAUCUACUAUAUAAAUGACAACCUUGAUAAGAGAACUUGGACGUACAUUUUUGGAGCCUGCUGUGCAACAACUGUGUUUAUUCCUUCAUUCCAUAACUACAGAGUUUGGUCAUUUCUUGGCCUUAUGAUGACUUCUUACACUGCAUGGUACCUGACAAUUGCCUCCCUUCUCCAUGGACAGAUUGAUGGAGUGAAGCACUCAGGUCCAAACAAGAUGGUUCUCUACUUCACUGGAGCCACCAACAUUCUUUACACCUUUGGUGGUCAUGCUGUCACUGUGGAGAUCAUGCAUGCUAUGUGGAAGCCACAAAAGUUCAAAAUGAUAUACUUGAUAGCAACACUUUAUGUGUUAACCCUAACUUUACCAUCAGCUUCUGCUGUUUACUGGGCUUUUGGGGAUUUGCUUCUUACCCAUUCCAAUGCCUUAUCAUUGCUGCCAAGGUCUGGUUUCAGAGACACUGCUGUUAUUCUCAUGCUCAUUCAUCAGUUUAUUACAUUUGGAUUUGCCUGCACUCCUUUAUACUUUGUGUGGGAGAAAUUCAUUGGGGUGCAUGAAACCAAGAGUGUGUUCAAGAGAGCACUGGCUAGACUCCCUGUAGUGAUCCCAAUCUGGUUCUUGGCUAUUAUCUUCCCUUUCUUUGGCCCUAUCAAUUCAACUGUUGGAUCUCUCCUUGUCAGCUUCACUGUUUACAUUAUCCCUUCAUUAGCACACAUGAUUACUUUUGCACCUUCAGCCGCACGAGAGAAUGCAGUGGAGAGACCACCAUCAUUCCUUGGAGGGUGGGCGGGCAUGUACUCCAUCAACAUCUUUGUUGUAGUAUGGGUGUUGAUUGUGGGAUUUGGGUUUGGAGGAUGGGCAAGCAUGCUUAAUUUCAUACAACAGAUUAAUACAUUUGGUUUGUUCACCAAAUGCUAUCAAUGCCCUCAUAAGGCUUGAAAUAUAUGGAUUUAUUAUCAUCUUCUUCCCAAAUGAUUAACAAAGUUUUAAGAUACUUUUCUUUUUAAGUGUGUAAAGAGAUUGGCAUUUGUAAGUUGUAACUCUCAUUCCCCCCUUUCUUUCUUUUAUUUUUGGGUUUGUUCUUGUAAGAGAGCUAUAUAUUAUAUAUUAUUAAUGGUUUCUAUAUGAAGGUGUGAUGGCAAUGAUGGCCACCCCUAAACAAA